AGAAUGGAGGGUGACAGAAUGGAGGUGGUACAAAAACAAAACGUCAACGUGGAGGUCCACGUCAAAUCUCUCAGUACAGCGAAACUGUCUGAGGUGAGAUUGUACGUUCAGGAUCUACUGAAUCGACACAGCAUGGUUUUCGGGAACUACAGAUGGACUGAGUUUGAUGAAGAAUUCCUUCGGAAAAAUGUGGAAUCUGUGACUAUAGCUGACAUUGAAGAAAUAAUAACACAGCCAAUUGAUUUAAAGAACUGCUCUGUCUCCAUUCACAUCUUCACUCUGAAUGAGGAUGGGCCCAGCAUGCUCAGUUUGGAGGAGGAUGAGGAGCUUUCUGCAGCUAAUCAUUGGCUGCUACCAGCAGCUGAAUUCCACGGAAUCUGGGAGAGUCUAGUGUAUGAGACUGGCGUUAAAACCAAGCUCCUGGAUUAUGUUACAACAACAAUUUACUUCUCAGACAAAAAUGUAGACAGCAACUUGAUUUCUUGGAAUCGGGUGGUGCUGCUUCACGGUCCUCCAGGCACAGGGAAAACAUCACUGUGCAAAGCUCUUGCCCAAAAGCUUUCAAUCAGGCUGUCAAACCGCUAUUCUUAUGGCCAAUUUGUGGAGAUAAACAGCCACAGCUUAUUCUCAAAGUGGUUCUCAGAGAGUGGUAAGCUGGUCACAAAGAUGUUUCAAAAGAUCCAGCAACUGAUUGACGACAAAGACGCCCUCGUGUUUGUUCUGAUUGAUGAGUUCACUCUUAUCCCGAUCAUUGAAAUGACUGCUUUUGUCCACCUGCGUUGUCACGACCAGGUGGAGAGUCUGACGGCAGCAAGGAGCGCCUGCCAGGCAGGAACCGAGCCCUCUGAUGCCAUUCGAGUGGUCAACUCGGUCCUCACUCAGCUGGACCAGAUCAAACGACAUUCCAACGUCGUGAUCCUCACAACCUCAAAUGUGACAGACAAGAUUGACUUGGCAUUUGUAGACAGAGCUGACAUCAAGCAGUACAUCGGGCCCCCGUCAGAGAAAGGCAUCUAUAACAUCUACCUCUCCUGCCUCGAGGAACUGAUGAAGUGCCAGAUCAUCUACCCCCGGCAGCAACUGUUUACCAUGUAUGAGCUUGAAACGAUGGGCUUUGCAAAGAGCGAGGUGUCAGAGCACAGUCUGAACCUGAGGAGCAUUGCCCUAAAAAGCAGAGGUUUGAGUGGAAGAGCACUAAGGAAACUCCCAUUUCUCGCCCAUGCAUUAUUUGUAAAGGCUCCCUCAGUUACUCUUGAAAGAUUUCUGGGAGGUUUAAGCCAAACGGUGGAUAAACAGAGGGAGGAAAAGGCUGAUCUGGUCAAUAGCAUCUGA